AUGUCUCACAAAUACUACGACGAAGAAUUUUGUCAAAUUCAAAACUACCUCAACACCACAUUAGCUUCAGAACCUGUUCAAGCCGAUCGCAGACUUCACAGAGAAUUAUUGGCAACAUUGUACAUCAGAUACAUAGUUAUUGCAAAUAGAUUGUCUAUAUGUGUAGAUCAGAUGGUGCAGCCUCAGAAGAGGAUAUUGCUCAGAAAACUGUUAGAGGCCACUUUAGGCAGGAUUCUAGAGUUGAAGACUGAUUUAGUAGAAGCAGACUUGACGGAAUGGACUCAUUGCGGCGACACUUUAACCAAACUAAACUUGACCCCCUUACAAGCAGAAUUGCAAAUUCCUACUUGUUUCAGACGAGACAGGGAAGAUGAAAUUGCUUAUAAAAAACUUGUAAUCGAAGAAGUACUAGACAAAUUAGGUUUUACUGAUAAAAUUGAAGAAAAACUUCCAAUGUCUGAGCAGCAAGCAAUUCUAAUUGUUCAAACACACGAACGUGCCAGGCAAGGCAGACUAAGGGCCCAAUUCAUGCGCGAAAUCAAAAGCAUAAAAGAAAAAAGUAAACCUGCAAUUGCUGGCGAAGGCGAAGAAGAAGAAGACAAAGGCCUAGGCAUAAAUUUAGCCGCAGCAAUUAAAAUCCAAAAAAUUUGGCGAGGCUAUAUUGCUCGCAGAGCCACAAGACGACGAAAACUACAAGAAAUGUUACUAAUCGGUAUGAUUGCGGCACCAAAAAAGAAAAACGAACACUUAGAAAAAGACUUGGAAAACCAAGAAAAACGCCGCCGAUUGCAAAAACAACGCCAACAACAAUACAGCCUCGAAAUUAAACAAAUAAGAAACAAUUUGGAAAAAAAUCAACGAGGUUUCGUCUUGGAACAGCUCAGCGAUCAAGUGAGAGGCUGGCUGCACGAGUACAAAGCUCAAACUGGCAAAAUUCCAGAGUACACCGGCUCGGAAAGGACUGCGUCGAGGCUUAUGCUUAGCCGACAAGGCACCGAGAGUGAAACUAGCAAAUCUACACCGGAUUCGAAAGGGAAAAAAGUUGCCAAAAGUCCUAAACAAGGCAAAACGUCUGAAGGUGACCAGGAAGAAACGCAAUCUAAAGCUUUGGUUUCUACGUUUUUGCCAGAAUUGAAUAUAAGAAAAGAAGAAUACGAUGAAAUGUGGCGUUGCAAAGACGAAUCCACAAACCCAAGACAGUAUCCGUACAAAGACAUAAUCGAGCACGAACAAAUCAUCGAAAUGGAAAACGAGCUCAGAAAAAUCGUGGAUGAAAUGAUGAGAGCAGAAUUGAUACUUUUGCAAGAAGCUUGCGAUAAGGAUCGGGGCUAUAAGGGUAAGAAAAAGUCGAGCAAAAAGGCACGAAAGACUGGCAAAAAAAGUAAGAAAAAGAAGGAAAAGGAUCUUACGCCUGAUCGGACUACUGAGUCUCUGUUUGAAGAAUUAGUAGCGAAUGGGAUAAUUAAAAAAUUUCCUGAAGUCUGGCUGAGAGAUUUCAAAGGAGAAAAAUCUUUCAGCCCUCCAGCGCCUCAUAACCGAGGCAAAGAACCACAAACAGAUUUGGGUGAUAUUAGACAAGUCUUGACAGAAUAUUGCAUAAUACCAAUGUUAUCGGAUCACCUACAUCAAACCACACCCCAUAUAAAAUCAGUUCUACUGGCCGGCCCUAAAAGUUCCGGCAAAGAUAUGCUGGUCCAUGCUAUUUGUAAUGAAACAGGUUCAGUAUUGUUUGACUUAACUCCCGCCAACAUAGUGGGUAAAUAUCCUGGAAAAACCGGCCUUAUAAUGCUAAUUCACUUAGUAGUAAAAGUUUCCAAAUUAUUACAACCUUCAGUCAUUUACAUGGACAACGCUGAAAGACCUUAUGUAAAAAAAAUACCUAAAACCGACAAAACAGAUCCUAAGCGACUAAAAAAGGAUUUACCUAAAAUUGUAAAAAAUUUCAGUCCAGAAGACAGAGUAAUUUUCAUAGGAGUCACCGAUUGUCCGUGGGAAAGUGACCAAAAACUCCUGCAACAAGUGUACCAAAAAUUUUUCAUCAUUCCCCGUCCGAAUUACAGCUCGAGAUUUUCCAUAUGGACCGAUCUUUUGUGCCAAUAUAUGGCGGUCAACUGGAAAUUCGACACUAGCGUCAUGAGCAAAAUUUCCGACGGCUACACGGUUGGCAAUAUUGUCGGCACCAUCAGAGAAGUGAUUACAGUCAAGAGAAUGUUGCAAUUGAAAAUACAUCCUUUGAGUCCUCUCGAGUUGGUUAAUGCGCUUUGUAAACGAACACCUGUUUAUAAAGAGGAAGAUGAGGCUUUGGAAUUGUGGUGGGCAAAAGUGCCAAUGGUUAGGAGACGGUUAAGGGCUGUGGAAAUGCUUCAGGAGGAGGAAGCGGAAAUGAUGGCCAAACAAGCCAAUGCUAAGAAAAACUAAAUUCUGCAGAAGUUUCAAAAAUAAUUAGUGAAAAUUUUAUGAAGCCUUUACAUAAAAAGGUAAUGUAUUUUUCUCAAAAAAUGACCAACUCAGUAGAAGAAAACUAAAUACAAUAUGUACAGGGUGUCAAGUUAUAAAGUACCACCCCCUGUAACUUUUGUAUUUUUGAUGGUAAAUAAAAAAGUUACAGGGCGUCGUACUUUAUAACUUUACACCUGGUACAUAUUAUACAUAAUAUAACAACCUACAUAGAAUAAGAUUAAAAUAAUAAUACCCCAAAAAAUCUAGGAAUGUUGUAAUUAUUUAU